AAUUAUUGUUAACUGUGAAAGUUAAAGAAGUAGAUUUGAUAUUUAAUAAACUAUUACUGCUUGAUAAAGAUCUUACAGAAUCAUUAAGACAAAUAUUUGCAAGAUGUGUUUCAAUUUUUGCAGAAUGUCCAUAG